AUGGCAAGUUUACCCGCCAAACGAUUGCUGUUAAUCCUUUAUCUAUGUUCAUCCUUUUGGCCCAUCAUCACCUGCUUUCAUUCGCAAUCUGACGACACCAAUGAACAGCUAUUGAAUACCAUACAAAGUUAUAUGCGUCCCGAGAUCAAUGCCUAUAGAUGUCAUCAUAAAUCCUGCAUAGAGCUAAACGACUAUAAUGUCAGUCAUUUGGUGCAGGCAAUAAAGCCCUGGCAGGAAGAGGAAUGGCCCAAAAGGGGGGACUCGUUAAAGUCCCAAAACGAAUGGAACAUAUGGACAACAUUGGGUCGCAUGGCUAAAUAUGGCUUUAAUGAAAUUUUUCUACCAGGCGAUCUUCGGUUGGAAAACAAUGGCCUUUACGUUUGGGACUUGGAGCUCUACGAACCCAAUUGGUCCGUGGCGGGUGCCAUAACAUAUCCCUAUUAUGAUGGUGAAAAUGAGGAGUUGAUAACGAUGGCUCAACGAAUAUAUGAUUUCUUAGAGGAAUUGGCCCAGCUGAGUAAGAAACAUACCAAAGAUGAAGCCAAGGAAUUAAGUUUUAAGGAAUUUCAAAGGGAAUUACCCCACAUAGAUUUGGCUGCCUAUAUUUGGGAACGUUUGGGCAUAAAAGAUGGGGAAAAAUUCAUGAUCACUGUAAAAAGUGUGGCAUAUUAUCAACAAUUAACGGAACUCAUUAAGAGAACCUCGGAAAAAUUGUUGAUCAACUUAUUAAGGGAUAGCUUCGUGUAUCAUUUUAGAGGAGAAAUGCCUUCAGAUGCCUGGCAUCGCAGCUGUGUGCAUACCCUCAGAAAAUUAAUACCCUUGGCCUUGGAUUUCUUGUACAACGAGGAGGUCUAUGCCACAGUGAAGACUGACACCAAUAAAGUAAUCGAAAGUGUAUAUCAUGCUGUUAAAACCAAAUUCCAGCAACUUAAGGAAAAUGACUUUUAUUUCAAUUAUUUAAGCACCUGGAAAUUUAAACAUGAAUCUUUGGUGCUAAGGACUUUAAAGGAUUUUUCUCCUUUCCUCAAUGUGUCGGUACGAUCUAUAGCCACUCCGUUUUAUAGUACAGCUUUCAAUUAUAUAGGCAUACCCUUUGCCUAUAUACGCUAUCCCAUGAUACAUUCCCGAUUCCAUGCACUCUUUCUCUAUGCUGAGCUGGGCAAUACCCUGGGCCAUGAGUUAAUGCAUGGCUUUGAUACGGAUGGUGUGACAUAUGACAGUUCUGGAUCCACUUGGCCUUUGCGGAUAUACAACAAAACCUCAUUUGCCCAAGGUUUGGAGUGUUUGCGUCAGGAGUAUACCACAAAUAUUAAUGAGAAAUUAGCCGAUUUUAGUGGUUUUCGUUUGGCUUAUGAGUCGUAUUUUCAUCGCACUGACGUUGAGGAGUUUAGUGGGAAAACCUCUCUCACCAACAAACAGUUGUUCUAUGUGAAAUUUGCCCAACUGUUUUGUACACAUUUUCAUAUUUCGUAUGAUGCCAGCCAUGAUUCGCCCACACUGAGGGUAUCUCAAAUUGUAAGCAAUAGUCCUGAUUUUGAGGAGAUUUUUGCAUGUCCUGCAAAAGAGGUUAUGAAGAAAAAAAUUGAAAAAUUGUAUGCGACAUUUGUUAAAAAGAUUGAUGAUGGCAUUGAUGAAGACAAAGUACAUCUUUUCGUUCGAUGA